AUGGCGACCCCUUCGAGCAGCAGCAGCCUACUGGACGGCUUCAAGCUGGCAAGGGUGCUCGAUCAGGAUCCUAAGCUCAAGUCUGCAAACCUGCUUGGAGAGUUCCGAAUCGCCGCUGACGAUGGCACCUCGAACACCGAACAAGCGAUCCUCAUUGUAGAGAAGACACACUUCUCAGAAAGCUUCUACGAGCAGCUCGAGGGCCCCAGCAAUGCCAUCUUCUCCACCCUCUCCGAUCUCGGCCAGAACGACAUCUACACAUGGAUCUUGGCAUGGUUUCAGCGACCUGACCCAGCUCAGGCUACAACCACCGACCCGGACGUCAAGAUCACACUGAUUCGACCGGCGACGCAGACGCACAUCGACAAGUACUCUGCACAGCGCAAGAUCAUGGUCUACGAGACACCCGAGAUGUACCGAGAAAAGGUCUUGCCCUGGAUCGAGUCAUUUCCGCCCUCACGCAUUCAGUGGGUGUACAACAUUCUCGAACACAAGAAGGAGGCGGACAGCAUCCUGUACGAGGAUCCGGAUCCGAAGAAAGGGUUUAUCAUCGUACCAGAUCUCAAGUGGGAUCAGAAGACGACGUCGAGUCUCUACAUACAGGCGAUCGUACACAAUAGAGAGCUGAGGAGUAUCAGGGAUCUGACGAAGGAGCAUGUGGAGAUGCUAGAGGGUAUCAAGGCGGAAGCGAGUAGAGUGGCGUACGAAAAGUUUGGGCUGACAGGGAGGGAUGGAGGGGCGGAAGGUAAUGUGCGGUGCUUCUUGCACUACCAGCCGAGCUACUAUCAUCUGCACGUACAUAUCCUUGCCUCGAGCUUCACGUCGCAUCCCGGAGCCGUGGUUGGUCAAGCACAUCUGCUGGACGACGUGAUUGAUCUGCUCAAGCUCGGCGUCGACAUGAAGCAGCGUACAUUCGGGUUUGCUCUCGGCAGCAACAGCAAGCUGUGGUCCGUGUUGUAUCCUAGCAGCUAA